GACUAGCAGAUGAAAUAUGGCGGACAACAACAAUCAUGAGCAGCUGAUUUCUCAGUUUAUUGGUGUUACCGGCGUUGAUAAUGCCAGAGCGAUGUUUUAUUUGGAAUCGUCCGGUUGGCAACUUGAGGUUGCAAUGGCAAGUUUUUAUGACAAUGACCAUGGUGCCUAUGAUGACAGCUCCUCCCCUAUACUAGUAGAAGAUGAUGACCCACCUCCAGUCCCGGUGCGAGAUCAGUCAUCUCUAGCUGCAGUGGGGCCAACAUCAAAACCUACGAAAAGUCAACCAUCACGAUUUAGUACAUUGUCAGACCUGCAAAGAGAGGAGCAGCCAUCUGACGAUGAGGAAGGGCAGGAGUUCUAUGCUGGCGGAAGUGAGAAGGGUGGAAGUGGAGAGGUUGUGAUCGGCCCAGGAAGGAAGAAGAAGAAAAGUGAUGCCAUUGUUCAAGGAAUUUUUCAAGCAGCAAAGGAACAUGGUGCUGAGGUUGUUGAUGAAGAGGAAAGUCCAUCCAGAAGGCAUAAAACAAGUUUCCAAGGAGCAGGUUAUAGACUAGGUUCGGAAGAUGGCAGCAGCAGCAGUCAGCAGGUGCAAGCUGCUACACCAGCUGUGCCAAAGGAAAGGCAAGUCGAGGUUGUACUAAAAUUGUGGAAGGAUGGCUUUAGUGUAAACGAUGGAAACUUGAGGGACUACAAUGAUCCUGAAAACAAAGACUUCCUUGAUUCCAUCCACAGAGGGGAGAUUCCCCUUGAGCUAAUAAGGUUGGCACCUGGUGGAGAAGUAAAUCUCAACAUGGAAGAUCACAGACAUGAAGACUAUGUGCAACCCAAGAGAAGUGUCAGGGCAUUUCAAGGGGCAGGACACAUGCUUGGGAGCCCAGUACCAAAUGUAGUGACAGCGACGCACCAACAGCCAUCAUCUGCAGAGAAAAAACAGGCUGACCAGCCUAAAGCGGCAGUUGGUGUUAAGCUGGACACGUCUCAACCCGUCACAAGCCUCCAGAUUAGACUGGCAGAUGGAUCAAGACUUGUGCAGAAGUUCAACCACACCCACACAGUUGGAGACAUCAGGCUGUUUAUUAAUUCAGCGCGACCAGAGAUGGCGAUGUCUGCGUACGUACUGCAGACGACCUUCCCGAACAAGGAGCUCGCCGAGCCAUCGGUGACGCUGGCUGCUGCCGGCCUGCUCAACGCCGUCAUUGUACAGCGAAAAGUCGUCUGAUGAGCCGGUUGGAUCUCCUGCUCAAGCAAAGCUUGUAUUUAUUGUCCGCCGCCGCCACUGCACGGCCUUGCCUGUGGUGAGGCAUACUGUGAGCAGUGUGUCGACUUGAGAGGCAGUCGCAGCAACGCAGUCGAUGAUAGUAUGACUUGUGGCAGUCUUGUCAUUUGGUUUUGUCUGCCAUGUUUAUUCUCGAGUUUGGCGGAACUUGAAUUAGCUGUGUCUCGCUUAUGUAUAUCGGAGAUAGAGACACUGUAAAUUGAAUCACAUACCAGCUUGUGCUUGAGGAAGCGUUGCAUCAAGAUAUACAAGAGCGCAGCUAAUCGUGGGCUUAUUGACUUUGUGAUUUAGCUGAACAAUGUUUGCUCUGACUGCAUUCGUGCAUCUUAACUUCAUCUUUUCAUUCUUUGUCUGCACUUUCUCAGCUUAAAUUCUGGAUACAACUAAUAUUUGCAUGAAUCAUUUAUAGUGGAGAUACUCAAUCUGAGAGUGGGCUGAACUCAAUUGAAAUUAAACAGUAUGUUUAGCACAAA